CACUUGGGUAUUUCCGCACUACCGUAAGGGAUCGUCUGUCAAUGUUUGGAAGGGGGGCGGGUGCAAGUAAAAAAGACCUAAGCUUGCCGCGAUCAUAAGGUUUUGUAAUCGUUUAUUGUUACUAGUUUUGUUUUAUGCACAAAGUAUCAGAAGCAUAUCGAUUCGUGUUUUACGGACGUCCCCAGGGCACAGCCAUGGCAGAGAUGCUGCUAAAUAGCCUCUUAAACAAUGACUGGAUGGUUUCAGGCCCAGCCUCUGUCCCAUAUGUGGAGAUUAUUGAGCAGCCAAAGCAGCGUGGAAUGCGAUUUCGUUAUAAGUGUGAAGGGCGUUCUGCUGGCAGUAUUCCUGGAGAACGUAGCACGGAUACAACUAAAACACAUCCCACAAUAAAGGUGAACAAUUACCAGGGUCCAGCCCGUGUACGAAUAUCAUUGGUCACCAGAGAUGCUCCUCAUAAACCUCACCCACAUGAGCUAGUUGGAAAAGAUUGCAAGGAUGGAUAUUAUGAGGCUGAGCUGUCGCCAGAUCGGAAUAUUCACAGUUUUCAGAAUUUGGGAAUUCAGUGUGUGAAGAAGAGAGAGGUGGAAGAGGCGAUUGCGCAGCGUAUCCGGACAAACAAUAACCCCUUCAAAGUCCCUGUUGAAGAUCUGAAGUCCGAUUAUGAUCUGAACACGGUUUGCCUCUGCUUUCAAGUUUUUAUUCGGGACCAGACUGGGAGCCGCUUUAUUCCACUGUCAUUUGUGGUGUCACAGCCUAUCUUCGAUAACAGAGCUCCAAACACAGCCGAACUGAAGAUCUGCAGAGUAAACAAGAAUUCAGGAAGUUGCAGGGGAGGGGACGAGAUCUUUUUACUAUGUGAUAAAGUGCAGAAAGAAGACAUUGAGGUUCUGUUUGUAUCAGGAGGUUGGGAAGCACGUGGUUCGUUCUCUCAAGCAGAUGUUCACAGACAGGUGGCAAUUGUGUUUAGGACACCUCCAUACAAAGAUCCAGGGAUCCGGCAGCCUGUUAAGGUUCACAUGCAGUUGAGGCGUCCUUCAGAUAAAGAAGUCAGUGAACCUAUGGAGUUUCAAUAUCUGCCUCAUGACGGUGACUUUCAUCAUAUUGAAGAAAAGCGGAAGAGAACCUUGGAUGAUUUUAGGAAUAUUGCCAAGAUAAAUCCAUUUUCAGCUCCUGAAAACCGUCCCCAGCGAAAAAUUGCUGUGCCAGCCCGUUCAAUUCCCAAGACAGAGCCUGUGACACCUUCCAUACGACCAAUGCCACAGCUGCCCACACAAAUGGUUUCAUCCUCCCAGUUUUCAAUGCCAGUGGUUAAAGUUGACCAUGAAAUUCCAGCAUCUGCUCUUCUUUCCACAGUCAGUGAUUUCAGCAAUCUUGGCUUUUCCCCUCAUCCUCCAUCAUCACAGCCCUCCCAACAAUCUGAAGUUGAUCAGCUUGGAUCUUUGUUGAGCUACUCUUCUUUUACAGAUGAUGGAAAUCUAGAUUUAGCUAGUAUGCUACAAAAUGAUCCAGAGAGCCACUGUAACAGCCUCAGCUCCAUUGACAAUAGUGACUUUGGUCAAAUGCUUAGUGAAUCCCAAUCUUCAACAACAAUGUUGUCUGCUUUACAUGAUCCUGGGUCUAGUCACAAUACCAUUAUGGCAUAUCCUGAAUCUAUCGCUCGCCUUAUGGCUAGUAGGCCAAAUGAGGACAAUGCAGGUGGAGAAAGAAUCAAUAGUACCUUAAUGAAUGGAAUGUUUGAGAUGCAACAAGGAGAGUCCUUAAACUCCCUGUUUGAAAUGGACUUUGCUUCAUUAAUGGGUGAGAUGAAAUGAGAAUUGUAUUUUUAUUUUUUUAUAAAGAACAUGGUGAUGGCAAACUGUAUGCCGGACAGGCUCACACUCAGUAGCCUGAUCAGCUGGAUUCUUCAGGACAGUUUGGCCUUCAGCUUCAUCAUGAUUUUGAAUCCAUUUGAGGUUGCCUACAUGUCCCCAGACUGUGCUGGUCCUAUUCAGCUUAUAUCGGCAUUGUUUUGAAGGGAUAUCAAAGACCAAUUAAACAUCUGUGGGCUAGGAAGGGACCUUGACUCACUGCAGCAAUUUGGGGGAGGGGAGAAGCAUUGUAAACUGAAUUGGUGGCAUCACAUGACAGUUUCUCAAAAUCUGUUAUUGGCCUUUUACAUGUACACACUUUCAGAUAUGGCAGCAAUUUGUACUGGCUAAUUUACGGUAGAGAUACAUUUCAGCAUUUGUGUCUGGACAUGCAUAAGUAUAUAAAAUCUUUCUACCAUUGGAAUUUCUAUGCAGAUUGGCUAUUAUAUCACUAAUUUUACACUUUUCCAUUAGAACAAUACAUUCUAUCCAGUAAGUAUAAUUUAUAGUUCUCGGAAAGAUUAUGGUAUUCUAAAGUAAGACCAGUCGAUAAUCAUGUUCUGCGUUGUCAGGAUUGAUUUUACUGGCUCUUUGUUUCAAAAUGAGUUUUUUUACUUUACUUUACUUUAAACCACUGUUGUGCUCAUAGUAACAGUUUAAAGAUUAAAAUUAUUUGGAUUAACUCUUUGAUUGCAGCUUUCUACAUAGUAAUCAUCACAGUAGAUAUAUGUAUAAACUAUACAUCUAGCUACACACCACUGGAUUUCAUUUAGCCUGUAGUUUUCAACUGCUUUAAUUUUGCCUCAUUAUAUUCUCCUUGAAAUGCAUUUUUGGUGAUGGCAUUAAAUCCCUGGCUGGGGAUCAGUGUUUGAUGUUGCAUUUAUGUAACAUAGCACUUCAGUGCUUUGCUGGUUCAUUCUAUUUUCAUUGUGGGUUACACUGUGGUUGCAGGUGAAAUAUAUUUUAAAACUGACUAAAGUAAUUUUCAUUACCUUGGGGGAUAAAUCAUAAAAUAGACAGACAGAUCUAGAUUUGUUUUCCCACCCAUGUGCAAUUGUUAACAAUAGUUAUUGUGAAACUAGCAGGUGGCACAAGGUCGUUUGUUUUCAUCACAUCAAAGUAAGCCUUCUUAAAUACACUUGUACAUGCACGGGUUAAGUAUAUGCUAAUUUUAAGCUCAGACUCUUCAAGAUGCAGUUGACUUCUCAGGAAUCUUAUAUAUACACUAGUACAUAUCUAGGCUUUGGGGUUUCAUGUGUAGGCGAAUAGAAGGAACCCCCAUCACU